CGAGACUCUGGCCGAAAACUUAAGUUUUCUUAAGCAUCGCCUAAGGUGUAGAAGCCUGGGGGCCCGACUUCCGCAGACGGAGCAGGCUGACCUGAGGCCGUGGCUGGGCCUGUCAGAGGGAGCCUCUGCCACUGAGGCUGCAGGCGGCACGUGCUUGGCCAGCAUGCGCACCGCCUUGUGGCAGUUGCCCUGGCACUCCUCGAAUUCCGCCAGCGCGCCGAUCGCAGCCUGCUCCGCCAGGUGCAGCUGCCCCUCGAGCUGCUCGGCGGCGCGAGCCUUCUUGUCCAGGACCUUCUUCGCCUCGCGCAUGGCGUGUUGGGCCGCGCCGAAAGACCGGGCUUGGGCACUGAAGACUGCUGGAAUUGGCGGGCGCAUCCGUCGUAGAUGUCGGCAUGGUACCCAUCUCCGAGCCGACGAAAGUUGGCUGCAAGCUCCUGCAGCGCUGGGAUGUCGCCCUUGACGUGGUUAGUCCAAGAGGUCGCCGUCGAGCGCUGCAGCCAGCCCGAGUCGCCGAGCUGGAGGCCUGGCACGCGUGGCUGGCCCUCGGGCCCGUCCGCACGGCUGCCCUGGGGCGGCCCCGUCGCCAGGGGGCCUGGAGGCUUGGGCCCAGGCAGCUGGCCAGCCACCUCGCCGCCGCCAAAGCCUUUGCCCUUGCCAGCCUUGCCGCCCUUGCCACGCUUGGCGCCUCUGGGGUGGCCAGCAGGUUCGCCUCCGCCCGUGCCGCCAUCGCCCACCAGCGGGAGCGAGCCGAGAGGCGGCAGGCUGGCCCAGGCCCCAGAGGCGGCUGGGGGUGCGGAGGGCUCCACAGAUGCCAAGGGCCAGGGGCAGCGCUUGCAGAUCCAACCACGGGUCAGGCAUGAGGCCUUGCUGCCUCCAGUCCCGCCAGCGUGGUCCGCGCACCAUUGCUGGGGCUCACCAGACGGCUGGCGCACCCAAGGAUCGCGAGAGAAACCAUGCGCCAUCUGCGAGCAGCAGCCAGGGGCGGACCUGGCGGGGACGUCGUCUUUGCUCCUCCAGGAGCUCACAAAGAAGAAUGAUGGAAAUCCUCGUCUGACCGAAAGACGAGGGGCCACACUGGUGGGGGGCCGUCCUUCUCCCUUGCCAAAAGGGUCAGGUCCUGUGCGAAAGCACUCCGGAUUUGAG